AUGAAUAAGUUUCAGGAGUAUGCAGAGGAAGAAAUUAUGAAGGAGUUUCAGGAUCAGCACUCUGUCUCCAGUAGAGAUGACUACUCUUACACUUUCUUCUCAGAGACGGAGGAAUCUGAGAGAUCUGAGAGAUCUGAGAAAUUGGCUGGUCUUCUCAAAGCCCUAGAAAAGGAGAAAAGAGCCAACGCUGCUCUUGAAGAAGCCUUGAAGAAGGCACAAACAGCCAAAGCUAAAGACAAAAGAGCCCUGAAGCAGGAGCGAAAAGAAAAAGACGCUCUUGCCAAGGCUCUAAGGAAGGAGCAAGCUGAGAAAAAACGUCUUUGUUUUGAAAUGGAGCACAUGAAGGCACAGGUGGCUGAUUUCAAGAAGUCACAGAAGGAGCAGCAGCGGAGCAAAGCAAAGCUGAAGUCCACAAUCACCGGAAUGGCCGCUGAGCUUGAAGAGGACAAGAAUGUAAUUGAGAAGCUCCAGAAGGAUCUGGAGGUGUCCUCCUGUAAGCAAGAAAAAGAAAUCGCAGAGCGUGAUAGGGUUAAUGAGGCACUCAAGACACUAAAGGAUCGCAUCAUUGAGCAGGAUGAUGAAAGUCUGGAAAAAGACAAUCAAAUUCAAUCUCUACAUCUCAAUGUUCAGAAUCUUCAAAGCAAUAUUGAAUCCAAGGACAACAUGGUUUCCUCUCUGCAGCAGAAAGCGAACCAGUGGGCCUCAGAUUUAGAAGAGGAAAAAACUAAAAACUGUUUAUUCCGGAGGGAUUAUGAGGCCACUGUCUCCCAGCAGCAGAAGGAAGCAGAAGAACUAGACCAUCUGACUCAUGAGAACCAACAACUUGCUUCUGAAAAAAAAAGGCUGCAAGGUGAACUUGAGGCUGCUGUAAAUGAGCGGCAGAUUCAUCAGAAAGAUUUUCAGGAAGCUCAAGAAGCCUGCAGCAAACUUGAGAAGGCCAUUAAGAAGGAGAAAGUUCGCUUCUCGACAGCAUACAACAAGUUACAGAUCCAAGAGAGGGAGCUCUCUGAGAAGAGUCUGGCUUUAGAAAAGAGUCUGACUGCUGAAAAAUUCUUAAAGUUGUUUGUAAAAAACGAGAAGAAGCGGUAUAAGCAGCUGGUUUUGUCAAAUCAGGCUAGAGUCAAACCUCUUGCAAUCCCCAGCAACCAGUUGAGAGAAGCAUCUGCGACCUCAGGCCGUCUGAUGUACGACAUGCAGACUUUGAGGAUGGAAAACGCAGACGUCACGGCUAAAUUCAACGUUAUGCAGACAGAAUAUGAUAGAAUAAGAUCUAAACUCUGCUCUCUCUCUGAGCGCCAUGAAGAGAUGAUGUUAAAGAAUAAUGAUAUCAUCUCUGAGAAUAACGUCACCAUCACUAAGCUCCAGUUCAUGGUAGAUGGAUUCAAAGAACAGCUGUCAGACAGCAAGGCGAGACAGGCAGAACUUGAAGAGGCCUUAAAACAAGACCAGAAACAAAACCUGGAGUUGCAGCAAAGAAUGUAUCAGAUCACCUCUGCUCUUGAAAAAGAAAGGACCAGGUGUGAGAAGCACCGCGUGGAGCUCAAGGAGGCUUUGACAAAGCAGAUUGAAACAAUGGAGGAGAAGCAUAAAUUGGCUGUGGCUCACCAGAAAGCUCACAACAGCUACGUCAGGCUUCGGGAACAACAGCUGGCAGAGUCAAACUAUCAGUACAGACACGUCAGUGACACUGAGCUCAGGCUUAACCAGCAGAAAACUGCCCUGGAUGAGAGCGCAAAGGCUCUACAACAUCUGCAACAGGAAUACAUACUUCUGGGGAAGAGGCACGGCGACAAUAACUCGGACUAUUGUGAGCUGCUUAAAAGUCAUAGUGCCCUCCAAAUCAGAUAUGAGAGGCUGAGCUAUGCACAAGGUAACCCGCGACCAGAUUUCAGCCCACCUCACUUCACAAUAAAAAUCUAACUUUUUGGUGUACACGACAUCUAUUUCAGUGGAGUGGAGUAUGACUAUAAAGUACCUAAAAAUUGUACUUUCCACCAUUGUCUAUUUCCUGCCUGUCUGUCCCAGAAGAGGGAUCCCUCCUAUGUUGCUCUUCCAGAGGAUUCUUCUAAUAUUCCCUUUGAGGGUAAGGGAAAGAAAUUUUUUGUGGUAGUUUUUCCUCAUCCAAAUCAAGCGUCAAAGGACAGUGGUUCUCGUGUGAUGUACAGGUUGUAAAUCUGUGAGUUCUACUGGGCUGUAAGAAUACAAUUUUCUGGAACGUGAAGACUCAAUCCUCCAGGGGAC